AUGUCAGAAACUCAAGUGGUGAACUUGAUCCUGUCCCUGCGCCAAGCAGGGCUGUUUCCUAGCUCCGCACCCCUCAUCCCAGAGGACUUUACCCCGACGACAGAGCUUCAGGUGACAUUCGGCGAGAAAUCAGUUUCUCUGGGAAACCUGUUCAGGGUCAGUGAUUGCAAAUCAGCACCGAAGAUAUCUUUUGCCGCCGAGAGAGACCUUGAAUCUCCACAGCAAUAUACCUUGCUCUUGAUAGACCCAGAUGCACCGACCCCAGAUGACCCCAAAUUUGCAUACUGGCGGCAUUGGGUCAUUUCCGGACUACAACCUUCGGGGGCGCCUGAAACUGUUCAGACAUUAACAGAGUAUCUAGGCCCUGGACCUAAAGAUGACUCACGACCACAUCGGUACCUAUUUCUGCUGUUCCGCGAGCCACAUGGCCUAUCACUUUCAAAGGAAGACGUUGGGGGUGAAGAGUUUACGGCUCGGAGGUCGUUUAAAGCUGCCGAGUGGGUGCAGAAGCAUGGACUGGAGCUCGUUGCUGUGAACUGGAUGCUAGGCGCUGGGGAUGGUUGGCACGAGUAA